CAGAAAGAUAUGACGGUUUUACUGAAAGUAGUUUCCUUUAUUCCUUUACCUUAAUUGAUAAAUAAGCAGAUUGUGCCUUGGAAGUUCACGGCAGCACAUAAACCAGAGCUGGAUCGGAGUUGUUGGACUCUGAAGAUUGAAGAUGGAGCGUCGACAAAAAUGAAGAUAGAGACCCAUGGAAAAGAUUCUUUCUUCUGCAAAAAAGAUUGGGAACGUUUCGCUAGAGAUCAUAACCUACACUAUGGAGACCUUAUUGUGUUUUUUCUUGUUGGAAAAUUUGAGUUUGAAGUGCUGCUUUUUAGCCAAACGACUUCUUGUCUUGCUCGACCAUCGAGAAAAAGUGUUUGGCCGAAGCCAAAAAGAGUAGAACCCCCCAAGAGUGAGAAUAGUACAGAAAGUGAAGAGGAAGAUGAAGAGGAAGAGGAAAAGGGAGGCGGAGCCCGGAAAAAUAGGUUCACUUAUGUCAAUAUGUCUGCUCCACAUCCCUACUUCGUGGCCAUUGUGAGGAAGACCUACACAGAUUACAUGGUAACAAGACCAGUGGGGUUGACAGUGCAAAGGGAGGAAGCAUACUCAUCAAUUGAACAAAUCCUUCUCCAAACAGCUGAAUCAUAAACUUUAGAUGAAAGAACUUUUCUCAAGGUUCACUGAUUGUCCAGAGGCCUCCUGGUAGAAUUCAAGAAAGUGCUUAAAGUUCAUCAAAGAUCUGGCAUCUCCAUUGAGAAAGUCCAAAAGGUCAUCUGCAAAUCCCAGGUGUGAAAAGGAGUAUCCAAACUUGCCCAUCCAGUAAGGCUUAAUACUGCCAUUAUUA